GUUUGUGUUUGGCGAAGAGAGCAUCAAAGUGGUUCCUGUCAGAUGAGCGUGCAUACACUGCAUGCAUAGCCUGACACAGUGACCACUGAAAACACGGAGUAAGAGAAAGAAAGUGAAGACUGUGAGGGGCCUCAUGGUCAUGGUCGUGGUCAUCAUUUUAACAGAACUUACUUUUACUUUAUUAUUACUCCUAUUACUACUUCCAACCUGAACGGAACUACUAAUAAAGCUCAUCAUUCUUAUUAUUAUUCACUUUAAAAGCCACACUUUACAAAGUCACACACAUAAAUCAAUUCUUUCUUUCUUGCUAAACUUUUUCUCCAUUUUCUAUAAAUCAUGGACAACUUGGACUGUUGCAUAUUUCGUUAAUGCUUUUGUUUGGUAGCAUUAGAGGCUACGAGAUGAGAAUGGUGGUGGUGGGGUUGAGGGUGUUGCUCAUCCAAAAGUUUAUUUUGAUCAAAGAGAGAGAGAGAGAGAGAGAAGGGAACAUUGUGAUAUGAAUGAUGGUUGGCUUUUUGUGUUUGUGUAGCAGCGGUGGCUGCCAAAAAUGAUGACCAACAACUUUAUCUUUUUGAAGGGUGGUCUUUUGGGUUUGGUUGGGUAGUUUGUGUGAUAUGUGGGGUUCUUCUCUUCUUUCAUGAUAUAGUAAUAGUUUCACUCACUCACGCACACACUGAACUUUGUGUUUCUUGUCGUGGCCACUCCCAUGUUAGAUUCUUUUUACUUGGCAGAGCCAGACACAUGAAAAUUUUCCUGAUUUCAGAUCUCUUUGAUUAAUAUUGCCUCUGACUCUUUGCCUCUCUACAACUUUCCUUUCCUUUUUCUUGUUAUCUUCUUCUGCUUGUUUUUACUCGCCUUAUCGUGCAAUCCACACUUUGAUUUGGUUGGUUUCUCCAAUAUUUAUUGUGAGAAGAAGAAGAAGAAGAAGAAGAACAUUUCAGGGUCUUGUGCUGAGCUUUAAAGGAGGGACAAAGGUGAAACGUGGCUAGCAUAGGAAAAAGAGGUAGAACAACAUAGGGAAAAAGGAGAAACGUAGUCAUUUCCUUUGGCCAAGAUGAAGUUUAUGAAACUUGGAUCUAAGCCAGAUUCUUUUCAGAAUGAUGGGGAUAAUAUCAGGUAUGUGGCAACUGAGUUGGCAACUGACAUAGUUGUUAAUGUUGGAAAUGUAAAAUUUUAUCUCCAUAAGUUUCCUCUUUUGUCAAGAAGCGCGUGCUUCCAAAAACUGAUUACAAACGCUAAUGAGGAGAACAAUGAUGAAGUUCACAUCCAUGACAUUCCUGGUGGACCUGCUGCUUUUGAAAUAUGUGCUAAGUUCUGCUAUGGUAUGACAGUCACUCUUAAUGCAUACAAUGUCGUUGCAGCUCGCUGUGCAGCAGAAUAUCUUGAGAUGUAUGAAACUGUUGAGAAAGGAAAUCUUAUCUACAAGAUUGAAGUCUUCCUCAACUCCAGCAUUUUCAGGAGUUGGAAAGACUCGAUCAUCGUUCUUCAAACUACCAAGUCUCUUCUUCCAUGGUCUGAGGAACUUAAGUUAGUGAGCCAUGGUAUUGACUCCAUUGCUACCAAGGCUUCAAUUGAUACAUCAAAGGUGGAGUGGUCAUACACCUAUAACAGGAAAAAGCUACCAUCUGAAAAUAGUAAUGAUCCUCACUUCAAUAGUGUGAGGAAACAACAAUUGGUUCCAAAGGACUGGUGGGUGGAGGACCUUUGUGAGCUCCAACUUGAUCUCUAUGAACGGGUUAUAACAACAAUUUUAACCAAAGGCAAUGUUUCUGGUUCUGUAAUUGGAGAAGCUCUAAAUGCUUAUGCCUCAAGAAGGAUGCCUGGCUUCAACAAGGGUGUGAUCCAAGGAGGAGACAAUGUAAAGAAUAGAUUAUUGUUGGAGACCAUAAUCCGAAUAUUACCUUUGGAUGUGGGCAGUGCCUCUUUCAGUUUCUUGGGGAAGUUAUUAAGGGUAGCUAUUCAGUUGGAAUGUGAAGAGUUGGAGAGAUCUAAACUGAUUAGGAGAAUAGGUAUGUGCCUUGAGGAGGCUAAGGUGUCUGAUUUAUUAAUUCGCGCCCCAGUUGGUGAUGCAGUUUUUGAUGUUGAUAUUGUGCAAAGGCUAGUAGAAGAGUUUCUAGCAUGUGAUCAACAUGUUCAGACGGAUCCUCUGUUGGACGAUGAAUUUCAGGAGACAAGAAGCCCUGGGAUGGUAUCGGAAUCUUCGAAGGCAAAGGUUGCAAAACUGGUGGAAGGAUACCUUGCUGAGAUUGCACGUGAUCCAAAUUUACCUCUUUCAAAAUUUGUUAAUCUUGCUGAAUUAGUAUCAAGCUUUCCAAGAGCAUUUCAUGAUGGCCUUUAUCGUGCGAUUGACAUGUAUUUGAAGGAGCACCCUGGAAUCAGCAAAAGCGAAAAGAAAAGAAUAUGCAGGUUGAUGAACUGCAGGAAGUUGUCAGCAGAGGCUUGCAUGCAUGCUGUGCAGAACGAGCGGCUUCCCAUGCGCGUUGUUGUGCAGGUCCUCUUCUUUGAACAGCUGAGAGCUACAACAUCAUCAGGAGGCAACGGAACACCGGAUCAUUCCGGCUCUAUCAGGGCCUCUCUUCCCGGUGGAUCUCAUGGGAGUUCAAGGUCGGAAGAGGAAUGGGAAGCCGUGGGAACGAUGGAAGACAUAAAAUCUCUGAAAGGGGAGCUUAUUGCUCUGAAAUUAUCAGGCGGAACAAGGGGAGCCAGCAGCAGAAGCAACAACAAUGACAGUAGUAAAGGCAAUGCUGAGAGUGUUGCUGCUAGUAAAAUGAAAGGUCUCGUGUCGAAGAAGAUAAUCUCCAAGAUUUGGUCAAGCAAAGAAAGAAGUGGUGAGCUAAGUAGCUCUGAUACAUCAGAGAGCCCUGCUUCUACGGUUGUAGAGGAAACAAAAUCUACUCCAUCUAGAAGUAGGAGGCAUUCAUUGUCUUAGAGACCAUGUUCUGCAGACCUUAUUCCUUAGAGCUCCAUUCAGUUUACUGUAUAAUCAUCUCUCACUCAAGUAGCAUCAGAGUUAGAGGAUACUGACAUCAUAUUCCAGCUGAUACUUCAAUCAGAAAUCAAUAUAACUGUGAGCAAAUGUUGGCAUGUGGCUAAAAUAUGAAGCACCAAAAGUACAUGUUAAUUGAGGUUUAUAUCAUGCCCCUAGCCUAGGGAUGCAACUUUUAUUCAGCCAUUACUGAUAUUAUUAGGUUAGAAUGUGAGCUCUUGUAGUGAGUUAUCCAGUUUUGAUUAUUGGAGACUGGUUUGUGACUGCUACAAUUUGUAAGCUUAGUUUUAAAGGGAAAAGGAGGAUAAGGAGGUGCAGUGUUUGGAAGGCUUGUGUUGGGAGUAUUACUUAGCUUUGAUCCGUCAUUAAUGUUCAUUUGAGCACUAGUAUGAGCUGUAAACCAUUGGACUUAAAAUUUACCAUUCUUGAAACACGGAGGAGAUAUUAGGUAUGGUAAA